GUCACAUCAGCGUUAACCAGACAUCGUCAAUGGCGAAGGUGUCCAUCUCUGCGGCUGACUAUGUCGUCAUCUGUGGAUUCCUGUCCCUGUCUGUGGGGAUAGGGCUUUAUUACGCCAUCAGGGGAAGAAGGAGGAACACCAGGGAGGAGUACCUGAUGGGGGGACGGCGUCUCCACGUCAUCCCGGUGACGCUGUCUCUGUGCGUGACGUACUUAUCAUCGACGUCCUUCGUCGGGAUGCCCGCUGAAACUUUCUCUAGUGGUUUUACGUAUGCUUUUGUAAGUCUAGGUUGUGCUGUGGCGAUGUUCACCUCCUUCUUCACUGUGGUACCAAUGAUGCAUUCACUGCAGUUGACCAGUGUUUAUGAGUAUUUCCAACUGCGGUUCGGGUCGGUGGUGCUGAGACGAUGUAUCAGCGUGGUGGGGAUGGUGCAGAACAUCUUCUACACAGCUGUAAUUUUGUUAGCGCCAGCAGUUGCCAUAGAAACAGUUGCUGGUCUCCCAUUGUGGGUGUCGGUGCUGCUUGUGGGAGCUGUUGCAACACUCUACACGGCCAUUGGAGUGUAUGACAUCGGCGGCAUCGGACUGACCUGGGAUCUGGCAGUCCAGGGAGGGAGAGUCCCGCCUGUAGAUUUCAGUGCGGAUCCCCGUGUACGUCACUCGUUCUGGUCUCUCGUGGUGGGAGGCACCUUCAUGUUCAUGGCGUAUAUCUUCGACCAAUCAGCAAUACAGAGGAUGUGUGCGCUACCUAGCGUCAGACAGGCCAAACUCGUCUAUGCAGCCACUGCCGUCGUGGUGAGUAUCUAUGUGGUGAGCAUAAGUUUCCUUGGACUCGUGGCCUACAGUUACUACACAGUUCAAGGAUGUGACCCGUUCAAGGCUGGAUACCUCAAGAACAGAAACCAGCUCGUCCCUUAUUUCAUGAUGGAGAUAUUCAAUGGCAUACCGGGCAUGUCGGGUCUAUUCUUAGCAACAAUAUUUAGUGCUGGACUCAGUUCUGUCUCCUCCGUCAUCAACGGCCUCGCCGCCAACACCAUCGAGGAUCUACUUCGACCAGUGUUUGACCGGUAUAACACAGCCGAGAAAGGGAAAAUCUUCACUGCCAAGAUGUCAGUGUUCUUCUAUGGAAGUCUUUGCGUGUGUUUAUCUUUUGGUGCAUGGAGUCUGCCAGGAACUGUUAUCCAGGGGGCUGCGUCUGGCUUGCUGAUGUCUCUGGUGCUGAACGUGUGGAUCGCACUCGGAGGCAUCAUGUACGGACAUAGACCUGUACCACUACCGCCGGCACCAGGUAACUCCUGUCACGUUCUGGAUGCAUCCAACAUAACAGGCAUGUACCUCCCUGGCCCGUUCAACAAUAGUACAGGCCUCUACCUCCCUGACCCCUUCAACAACACUACAGGCCUCUACCUCCCUGACCCCUUCAACAAUAGUACAAGCCACCAAGAUAUCAGGACAAGUUCCUCUUCUCCUGUGCCUGGUAACAACGUCGACUCUGGUGACUACUCCCUCUACAACAUCUCCUACCUGUACUUCGCCAUGGUUGGGUGUCUGGUGGCGUUUUCAGUGGGGUUGGUGGUCAGUCUGGCGACAAAACACCUGCAUGAGCCGGUGAGGGAUGAGAGGCUCCUCCUGCCCUUUGUGCGGCGAUUCUGGAGCCCGAGUCAGACAGAUGCAUCACGACAGGCUGAGAAACAGGGGUACCCAGAAACACAUUCCAUUGAAGGCCUACAGACUCAAGAGCAGCUGAUCACUACUGAAGUAUUCCCAAAACCAUUUUCUGACAUGCUAUGA